AAUUGAAUUACUUGCUUUCUGUUGCAAAACAUUUUGCUACCAAGCGGUCUUUUGUUCGUUUUUGUGAUAAAUCCGUGGAAGUUUUUCUCGUUAUUUCUGAGGUCAUAAAUUUUUUUAUUUCUGAUCCCCCGAAAUGGUACAAAGGCAGACAAUCCCUUCGCAUCACACGUACAAAACGCGUUCAAAUAGGAUGGUAAAGGUGAGAACGCCGGGAAAGAACCUCGUCCUGCAUAAUAUUAAGAAGCGUGGUAAGUUGCCCAAAUGUGGCGCAUGCCACAGAAAGCUUUUGGGAAUUAAAAUGGCUAGAAGCGCGGAUUUCAGCAGAAUGAAGAAACACCACAGAACCGUCAACAGGGUGUACGGGGGCGUGCUCUGCUCAGAAUGCGUAAAGGAUAAAAUUAUUGGUGCGUUCAUGGAUGAGGAAUUGAAGCGGGCAGAAAUCGGUAGUAAGGCUCAUUAAACGGUUUAUGGAUUAUAACAUGC